GCCUUGUCCAACACACCCUCAGCUAUGACAUCAUUUUUCUGCGCCUGUGUUGAUGUGAGAGUCAGUGGGAAUUAUCGAAAUUUCUUGAAACCAGAAAGGUUUAAAGAGCGUGAUCAAGAUGGUCGUCUUUCCAAGUGCUUUAACAGAGGAAGAAGAGGCUUUGCAAAAGAAGUAUGCCAAAUUGAAAAAAAAGAAAAAGGCCCUCUUGGCUUUGAAGAAACAGAGCUCCACUAAUCAGACCAAUCAGGCAGGACUGAAGAGAACGUUGUCAGACCAACCUGUGUUGGACUCGGCAUCAGCUACAGAGCAAGCAAAAAAGCUCAUCAAGUCUGGGGCCAUUAGUGCCAUCAAAUCAGAAAAUAAGAACUCUGGUUUCAAGCGCUCACGGACAUUGGAAUGCAAACUCAAGGACCCAGAGAAAGGUCCGAUACCUGCCUUCCAGCCAUUUCAAAGAAGCGUCUCCGCUGAUGACGAGCCUUCUGAGGCUAGCAAAAGGACUCACAGAAAAUCUCUCUAUGAGAGUUUUGUCGGCCCAGGUGAUCGUAUCCGUGACGAUGAGGAAGGAGGUGGGAUGGCCUUGCCUAGCAGGGAACCCGAACGUGAUCGUGAACAAGACGAGAAACGAAUCGAGAAACGAGACGAGAAACGAGACGAGAAACGAGAAAUGGAGCCAAAUAGAGAUAAAGAGAGGGAUCGGGAGAGAGACAGAGAGAGGGAGAGGGGCAGAGACAGAGAGCGCGAAAGAGAGCGCGAAAGAGACCGUGAAAGAGACAAGAGUAGAGAGCGGGACCAUGAUCGUGAAAGAGACCGCGAAAGAGAGCGCGAUCGGGACAGAGAGAGGGAUAGAGACCGGGAGAGGGAUGGACCAUUCAGACGCUCUGACUCGUACCCUGAGCGGAGAGGCGCACGGAAAGGCAACACGGUGUACGUCUAUGGCACAGGCCUGGUGGAGGAGGGCCUGCGCUCAGCCUUUUCCCCACACGGCACCAUCAUUGACCUGUCCAUGGACUCCCCACGCAACUGUGCCUUUAUAACCUUUGAGAAGAUGGAGUCAGCUGACCAGGCCGUUGCAGAGCUGAAUGCCACUUCAAUCGGUGACAUUCCCAUCAAAGUCAGCAUUGCCAGAAAACAACCCAUGCUGGAGGCGGCCACAGGGAAAUCUGUCUGGGCUUCUCUCGCUGUGCAGAACAGUGCGAAGGGUUCCUACAGAGAUAAGAGAAACCAAGUUGUGUAUAGUGAAGAUUUCCUUCACUAAAAUUGAGAAUUUAAGUAGGCUUGCUUAAUACUGUUUUUUUAUGUCCUGUGAGUAAUGGAAUCUAUUAGACUCAUGCUUGAUAGGAAAUAGGGGUGCUUGCUUUUGUACAGAUACAUCUAGACAUUAGGAACGCUUGUGCAAAGACGCGUUACUCAGCUUAUGUUGGCAGCAGCUUUUUUUCUGUGGCACUCAAUAAAGCUUGUCAAUACA